CGGGAGUCGCAGCUAUGGCAACAUACGGCAGCAGCAAAGAGACGAACUUCACCGUAAGAUUAAUGUCCACUUUUUCCACGUUUACGACCACCUUUUGUCUACUGUUUGUCAUUGUAAUGAAACCAGCCGUUUUAUUUCGGUGACGUUUAAAUUUAGGUAUCUCAUUUGUUAACUAAAAUGUAUUUCAGGUCAACACGGUUGUCAUGAGCGAACAACCAUGUUUGCUAUGAAGCAUUUUACUGUCUUGAGAACUUGACUUGGUGCGUAGUGAUUCCGCGUAAUGUCGGCUGAGAAGCAGCCUGUGGCCGCCGAGGGGAAGCAGCCUGUGGACGGCCUGCUCUUCGGCAGUCGCAGCCGGUCUUACGGCAGUCUGGUCCGGUCUAAUCGCUCCCCGGUUCGCGGCAGAUUUGUACAACAUGACAUCCAACCAGGAGAAACCCUUCAAGGUCUGGCUUUGAAAUAUGGAGUGACUAUGGAACAAAUUCAAAGAGCCAACAGGCUGUACACUAAUGACUCCAUCUACCUGAAGAAGUCCUUGUCCAUCCCUGUCCUAUCAGAUGUGGAAGGACACACUCGGGAUGAAGGCGGACAUAAGAGUGAGGGUGAAGACUCUGUAGAGGCGGCAGGCCGGACUUGUCCAUAUAAUGGCCUCAAAGCGAGCCCCUCUUACCAAGAGAAGACGACAGAGCUCACAGCCAGGGAUUUUUUGACAAGACUUGAUGGCCUCAUCAGCGAGUCCAAGCAGGCUGCAGCCAGAGGAUGGAAGGAUGCAGAGAAGAGGGUUACUGACCUGGAGGCUGUGUGCUCCAGCAGAACAAACGAACAGCAGUCGCCUUUACGACGGCGUCCCCCGGCGCUGCACGUGACAGUGCCGCUCACUACCACCAAGCUCACUAUGAAGCUGAGGGAACAAGAGGAUGAGAUCUUUGAGCUGUGACCACUUCCUGCUCGAUCAGCAACAGAACUGCACACUAUUUUUGCCAUCCUGCUGUGUGUGUGUGUGUGUAUACACUUAUCCUCAGGAUCGAUUUAAAGGGGACCCAUUAUGCUUUUUCCACUUUUAUUAAUAGGUGCAGAUUCUGGAAGAUCUAGAAAUCUUUCUGUGCUGGUUAUUGUGUGUAGCUGCUCCGUAAGAGUCCACAAAAAAAGAGCAUAAUUGGUCCCGUGUAAGCACUUAAUCUUUGUUUUUUAAAUCAGAGAUGGACACUGUGGUCUCGCAGUGAUCACAUGGAGGCUGGUCACAUGUUGAUUUGGUCACAUGAUGGUCAUGGGACAGGCGUGUAGCUGCCAUACGUGCCCAAUUACACUAGCUAACACUGUUCUUAUUAACUUAUUCACUCCUAACAGUUUGUUAUAGCUUGUAGAUGUGCAAUAAUGAUUUUAAUACUAAUAUAUGCAAUGUUGAGAGAGAAAAAGGCUUAGUUUUAUAGCUUUUGUAAAGUUUAUUAAACAUUUUUUUUCUUGAAAUACUGAGUGUGUGUUUGUAAUGUUAAAUUGUAAAAUAAAAUAAAAUCCCAAUGUAAAGUG